AUGGAGAUCGACUACUCAGAAACGAAGGAUGUGAAAACUACGGAUCGUCCGACCUUGAUCAGGAAAACCGACACCUAUCCUCGUCUGUCUUCUUUGAAAUGUCUCGUUCGAGAGGUCAUGGCCGAUCCCGAGGUAGCGACAGCUAAUUUGGAGGUCAUGGAGGCCCUUUCAAGGCUAGAUGAUACACUUCAACGUCUCCCAGAGUCUCCAGGUUCACCAAAUAGCCGCGUAGAGGCUUCUCAAGAUCAGAAAAUCAGUGACCCAUCACCGUUCGUGGAGGACAGUCAACCUCCGCUACCUGCUUCGCCUCCUAUCCUCGAUGACCAACUGCAGAAAGCAGUAUUUACGCACUCCGCGUGUAGCGGCGAUAACAACUCGAAUUAUGACCGACUGGAGAUCUUGGGUGAUGCCUAUAUCGAACUGAUCGCAACGCGAUUGGUUUGGCAGAAGUUCCCAGGCAUACCGGCGGGUCGGAUAUCUCAGAUUCGGGAACUUUUGGUCAAGAACGAUACGCUUGCAGGCUUUGCGGAGGCAUACGGCUUUGAUCGCAGGGCCUUGGUUCCCGCGAAUUACUCAGAUCAGCCCAAGCGAUGGAUCAAGACCAAGGGCGAUAUCUUCGAGGCCUACGUAGCCGCGGUAAUACUCUCUCGCCCUUCUGGGGGAGGAUAUGAGCUUGCGGAACAAUGGUUGACUGGCUUGUGGAUGCCCCAGCUAAACAGCCUAGGCCACCAGAAAGCCAGCUUGCGCUCAAAGGAGGCUCUAGCCCAGCAAAUUAUGGCCAGGGACAUCAAGCUGGAGUAUCUUGAGGAGCGGAAAUCAAUUCAGAAAAAGGGUACUGGUACCCAAACCUUCUUUAUCGGGGUAUAUCUCACGGGUUGGGGAUGGACCAAGAGACACCUCGGUUCCGGACAGGGUUCGAGCAAGGUGGCUGCGGGUGAUGAAGCAGCACGAAAUGCCUUACUAAAUACAUCCCUGAUCGCAGAAAUAACUGCUCGAAAAAGGAAAUCCCACUCAUAA